UAUACAGUACUAUAGAUGAUUUUGAAUUGUAUUGGUUUUAAAUUUUAUGGAGGAAGUGCUCGCUUUUGUCCACACAACUGAAUAAUAUAAUAUUGGUUGGAAAGCGUUUAGGUGAAUUAUAUUAUCAUGGGAGAGGGUGCAUGACUCAGACUUACUCGAAACGAUAGCAUGUAUUUAGGCAAACCAAUAACUAUGUGGAUGGGUUCCUGGUGGACGACACGAGCAAAAGCGGGCCUACAUGCAUAACUGAUGGGAUAGUAGAGUAAUACGCCCAAACGCGGCUCAGGGCCGUGAAAGGUUGUUGCGAUGGGACCAUCGUUUGUUUUGAACUUAAUUUUGUGUUUAUUAACAUCAAAUUUAAUUCAAAUUGCUACUUCAAUACGCGUAUAUGACGUACAAGCAAAUGAUGCCAAUAUCGGUAGUCAAACGGCGGUUAUAUCGUGGAAAACUGACACCACGACCGAUUCUCUUAACAGCACUAUCCGUGGCUUCCGCAUCGAUGCAAACUACCUCUUUUCAAGAAAGGGGCACGAAAUUCUUGAUCCUGAUAUCAAUAACGCCACUCUGAUGAGGCUGCGCUCGGGUGUAACUUACAGAGCAUGCGUAAUUGUACUUAUUAACAACAUGUUCCGUGGGAAUAAGGAGAUUCAUGACAACAGUGCAUGUGUAAGCUUCACUACCGAUUUCGUUCCCAUAAAUUCCUACUCCUUGACGGCGUUGGGUAUCGCAAUAUGUAUAAUCAUUUUAUUCAUUGUUACGCAAUUGAUUGACUUUUUGUGUCCAAGAGAAGGAUCGAAACAAAUUGAAGAUUUAGAAGAAGGUGACAAAAACGAGUCUAGGAAAAAAUCACAUAAUGUAGCUGAAGAUAGCAAAAGAGAGCCGAGUAGAUCAAACCGAAAGAAGAGGUCUCGCCGGUCGGAUUCCAAGAGAAAACCUCAGACAGACAAGGACAGACAUCAGAAAGGAAUGAAUAAAAAGAAAAACGUGGAUGGAUCGAAAGGCGGAGGAGGAAAGCAUAAAAGCGUCAAAGCAUAGUGCGACACACUUUUUUUUGUAUUCUUAUUAUCAAUAACCUAAAAUUAUAUAUUUUAAUUCCUAACUUUAACUAGAGAGAUAGGCCAAUCUUCCUCAGAUAUAGUUAACGCCUGCAUCAAUCUACACAUUAGCUCAGUGGUGGAGCGGGGGUGGGGGAG